AGGCUCAUCGCUUGCUCGGCCACUGGGAAGAGGCGCAUCAAGACCUGGCGGAGAGCCAGAAGUUGGACUUUGACGACGACACCGCCGAGUUACAAAAGUUUGUGGACGCGAAGUACAAGAAGAUUGCAGAGCGAAAGAACAGAGAACGGAUCAAAGCCGAGAAAAAAGAAAGAACAGGAACGCAAACGCCGAAAGGAGGAGGCGCAGCGUGCCUAUGAGGAAGCCAAGAAGAACCCCGACGGAGAUGGCUAUGGCGGCUUUCCGGGCUUCCCAGGCAUGCCCGGCAUGGGCGGCAUGGGUGGCAUGCCCGGCAUGCCCGGCAUGCCAGGCAUCGAUCCUAGCAUGCUGAGUGGCAUCAUGAGCGAUCCUGAGCUCAUGCAGGCGUUCUCGGAUCCGAAGAUGGCUGCAGCCAUGCAGGACAUCAUGAGCAACCCUGGCAACAUCGCCAAGUAUCAGAACGACCCAGAUGUCAUGAACCUCAUCAACAAGGUCAUGGGGGCCUUUUCCAAGCACGGCCCGGCGACACGAGAGACACCGGCUGCCCCACACGGCUUUCAGUGGGUUGGGGCAGCUGCUACGGGUCGGACAAGGGGUUGGUGUGGUUUUUCAACUUGGUGAAGCAUGUGAGGGAUGUCUCUGAGAGGAUUUGCAUUGAACGUUUAUUGGGGAGGGACAUGAGAACCCAAAACCGAAGAAUUGUUCGGCUUCGUGCCACCGGUUCCUGAACCAUCCUUUUUUAUUGGGGAAUCUGACAUGUAUUGACAUAUACUGACUCACUGAUCAUGCCUUAAUGGGUUUUUGUUCCUUGCCACUCCUUUCAAAUCAGAGAGCUGGCAGCGCAGUCACCUGGUGCAACAACUAGGGCUCCAUGUGGGAUCUUGAUCUUUUCAAGCUGGUGACUCAAGGCCAGGUGGUCACUCAGGAGCUGGGAACAGGGGUUGGCUCAAUCACGUCUAAGGUUUUAGUGCUUGUUUGCUUUGGAGCAGUCAGCAACUCUUUGAGGUUGCUGGCUGACUGCUCCUUUGGUCAAAACGAAUCACACAUGGCCCACUCGCUCUGCACUGACACCCCAUCGUUUUAAACCGGCAGAGUGCACGUUCUUUUGGGGGUAUCUGCAUGUAUCUACCUGUGUGCUUUGGCGGCCUGGUUGGCCUCCCCAAGUCUUUCAAGUGCCUUGCAGGUGGUACCCGAAUACCCCCCAUCUUGAAGUGGCGCAAACUCUAGUGGGGCACACCUGUGCCAAAUAGCUACAUGCCUCUGUUGGCUCCUGCUAAGCUGACCCAGGUGGCAUGCCAGGGGGCAUGCCAGGCGGCAUGGGCGGCAUGCCAGGCGGCAUGGGCGGCAUGCCAGGCGGCAUGGGUGGCACAGGCACGCAUGGCUCAUGCUCCGGAUGUAGUAGCUUCUUGCUACUAGUAGCUUCUAGCUACUAGUUAAUGUUUGUUUCACAAUUGUGAGAAUUGAUCCUCUCGAUUCUCUUGGACAAACCUGUCAACGGAUUAGCAUGCCUUAACAAGGUGGUGAAGAGUGAUGGGUUCUUCCUAUAAGUCAGUGAUGUUGCGCAUCGGCGCGGGCAUUGGCUUGCCACUUUGUGUCAGCAUUGCAUGGGCAUUGGCUGAACCCUUGGGUUUCACUGUGAAUGAUCUGGUUGCAGAUUGAUUGAACAUCUCCAUCAGAUUGAACAAUCUUCAAGGGAUUGCCAGCAGGUUUACAUAAGCUAGACUCAAAACGAUAACACACUCACCAAAUCCUGAUGACCUGCAACUCCUCAACACAUUUUGACUGUUGCUCAUACAAUUUUAAACAUCCCCUCAGGCGAGGCCCUCGUUCAGCCCGAUGUGGACGAAAGACAGGUCGAUAGGCCAAGAUAGGUCGAGACUGACGUGAGAGGAUCGACGGGUAGAUCUUUAGGCUGCUCCGAGCCCAAAAAAAGUCUCGCAACCGCGAGUUUGGCUUUGGCUGUUUUUUACUACAUGAUACAC